AUGAGGCUGAUAACAUCCCUGGCAGCAAUACUAGCUGUAGCAUCAUCAGACCCGGUUCCCUACACAUCCCAACCAACGGAACACUUCGCCAACAACGCAGAAGCCUACCAAUCACAGCUCGAGCUGCAAGAGCAGGCCGUCUACGGCGACCAAUCACACUACAGCCAGCAGGAUUUCAGCCAACCAGAUGCCGGAUUUACCCAUGGUCACGAAGCGUUCCCUAGUGGGCAGACAUCGUUCGCUGGACAAAGUACUUUUGCUGGACAGAAAGCUUUCGCUGGACAGAAUUUUCAGUCUCAAAGGCCUUCCACUGAGAAGUCAGCAAGGAUAAUUAGCUUCCAGAAUGAAAAUAAGGGGAAAAGCUAUCAGUACUCUUAUGAGACUGAGAAUGGAAUCAAAGUUCAAGAGCAAGGUUCCGUCCAAGGCAAAACUCUACGCGCCCAAGGCGGCUACUCCUACACGGGCGACGAUGGACAAGUCUAUACGGUGACUUACACUGCUGACGAGAACGGCUUCAGACCACAGGGAGCUCAUCUGCCAACCCCCCCGCCUAUUCCUGAGGCCAUACAGAAGAGCAUCCAGCUGAACCAGCAGGAGGCGGCGAAUAAUAAUGGCAUCUAUGAUGAUGGAAGCUACAAAGAAGAAACCGAGUUUCAACAGCAGCUUCACCAGUCACAACAGCAACACAGCCAGCGCAUCCAGCAUAUCAACGAUCUCCAACCGCAGCAUUUCCCUGAGAUCCAGCAGCAUCAACCGUUCUUUAAUAUCCAGCCAGUGCAACAGCACCAACAGAUCCUUGAGAUCCAGCAGCAGCUCCCAGAGAUCCAACAUGCGCCAGAGAUCCAGCAAGUCCAACCGCAGGUCCAACACUCCCAGCAUGGCGAGGAGUUGUAUCAGCAGCAGUACCAGCAGGAGCAGGGGUGGGCUGGGCAGGAGGCCGCCACCACAGCUGGGUACAGUGGAUGGAAAUAA